AUGGGCAAGAUAGUUCAACAUAUUCAAGAAGAGAUAUCUUGUGAAUCUAGUAUGGAUAUUAGCAAAGUGGCAGAUAGGGAGAUUGAUGAUGAUGGAAGGUAUAAAAGAACUGGGACCGUGUGGACUGCAAGUUCACAUAUAAUUACAGCCAUAGUAGGAUCUGGAGUGCUGUCACUGGCCUCUGGAAAGAGAAAUUACUCAUAUGGGGAGGCUGUAAAAUGUUACUUAGGUGGAAACAAGAACAAGGUCUGUGAGUUGGUCCAGUUUAUACUCCUGACUGGGAUGCUAGUAGGCUAUACCAUCACAACAUCAAUAAGCAUGGAGGCCAUACGCAGAUCGAAUUGUUUCCACAAAGAAGGCCAUGGAGCGCCAUGCAAGUUAUCCAAUAAUCAAUACAUGAUUGCAAUUGGAAUUGUUGAAAUUCUUUUGUCUCAAAUCCCAAACUUUCAUAAGCUAUCAUGGCUCUCCACCGUCGCUGCAAUCAUGUCUUUUUCGUAUUCAGGCAUUGGAAUGGGGCUGGCAUUUGUAAAGAUUGUUUCAGGGCAAGCAGAAAAGACCACUCUCACAGGAGUGGAAAUUGGGCUGGACUUAACUGCUGCAGAGAAAAUUUGGAAAAUGUUUAGAGCACUGGGGGACAUUACAUUUGCUUGCGCAUAUUCUCCUAUCUUGAUUGAAAUCCAAAACACAUUGAGGUCAUCACAGCCUGAAAACAAAGUUAUGAAGAAGGCUAACGUAAUAGCUACGUUUACAGCCACAACUUUGAACAUGGUAUGCGGCUGCCUUGGCUACGCCGCAUUAGGGAACCAUGAGCCGGGCAACAUGUUGACUGGCUUUGGAUUUUACGAGCCUUUUUGGUUUAUUGAUUUAGCCAAUUUCUUCAUUGUCGUGCACCUCAUGGGAGCAUAUCAGGUAGUGUCUCAACCAGUAUUCAGCUCGGUCGAGUCAAGGGCUAGCAUCAUGUGGCCUAAUUCAAAGUUCAUAGGCCACGAAUACCCUCUAAACAUCAGCAAGACUAAGUCAAUGUUUAGCGUCAAUCUCUUCAGGCUAAGUUGGAGAACGAUAUUUGUGGUAAUGGCAACGGUAAUUUCCAUGGCAUUGCAGUUCUUCAAUGGAGUACUUGCACUUCUUGGAGCCGUUGGUUACUGGCCCUUGACAGUUUAUUUCCCUCUGGAGAUGUACAUUGUGAGAAAAAAUGUUAAAAGAGGAAGUAUCAAAUGGUUGAGUCUCCAGCUUCUGAAUUUGGUGUGCUUGCUGGCUGCCAUGGCCGCAGCAUGUGGCUCCAUUCAAGGCUUGAACCAGGCUGUCAAUACCUACAAGCCCUUCAAGUUCCAUUAAUUAAGAUGUUUGUAACAGUGUAACUUAAGACCUUAUCUGUUAAUUUGAGUUUUGAUUUCAGA